GCAGUUCUUCAAACGCCACACACUCACACCUCACAAGCACACCUUUUCUGCAAUUCAGUUCCUUCUCUACCAAACAUCACACACUGUGUUGUUGUUUUAGAUGGCCACCGCAUGUAACCUUAACCUUAACCUUAAUCUAAACUUUAACCAUGCGUUUCUUGGGAUGCACCCGAAGGUUAUGACGUGGCCCACGCGCGUCCCGUCGCUGAGCGGCGGCGGAAACGGGGCGGCGUCGCUGGUGGUGACGCGCGCCAUCGACGCGAACCAGUUCCUGGGGGACUUCGGUGCGAGGGACCCUUUUCCGGCGGAAUUGGAGAGCUCGUUCGGAGAUAAGGUGCUGGGAUACGGCAACACCGAACACAAAAUCCUCAUCCCCAAUAUCUCUGCUCUCUCUCUCGCGCAGCAGGAUUGUGCUCCCAUUUCCCCUUUGCAACCCCCCAUCUCAGAACAGGACGCUCAGAUGCUCAUCAGAAAGGUUGUGGGUUGGAGACUUGUGAAUGAGGAAGGUAAACAUAAACUUCAGUGCUUGUGGAAAUUGAGAGAUUUUAAAAGUGGGGUUGAACUCAUUAACAGGAUCUCUAAGGUUGUUGAGGCUACAGGCCAUUUCCCUAAUAUCUACUUGGAACAACCAAAUCAAGUGAGGGCAGAACUAUGGACUGCUUCCAUUGGAGGUUUAAGUAUGAAUGAUUUUAUUGUUGCUGCAAAGAUAGAUGAAAUAAAGACAUCAGAUCUUGCCCCAAAGAAAAGGGUUUGGGCAUAAAGCCCUCAUGAGCACCAUAAAACAAUUUACCAUGAGAUUUUCUUCAAAAUAGAAUUACCACUAAUUUGUGUUAUUUGAUUAAAUCUAUUAAUUCUUUACUCUUCAUGUCUGUAGUCUCACAUCUAUUCUUGUUUGGUAAGAAUAAUUACUUUCAGGAUCCAAAAACUA